AUGGGUUUCGACCGUGGUGGAAGAGGCGGCGGCAGGGGAGGCGGCUUCCGCGGCGGUGAUCGCGGUGGUCGUGGCGGCGCGAGAGGCGGCGGCCGUGGUGGUUUCGGCGGCGGUCGUGGUGGUCCCGGCGGGCGCGGUGGUGGUCGUGGUGGCCGCGGAGCUCCUCGUGGCGGCGGCCGUGGUGGUCGGGGUGGUGGCCCGGGAGGGGCAAAGGGCGGCAAGAAGGUUAUCGUCGAGCCCCAUCGUCACAAGGGCGUCUUCGUUGCCCGCGGUGGAAAGGAGGAUCUGCUUGCCACCACCAACCUGGUUCCCGGCGAGUCGGUGUACGGCGAGAAGAGAAUCUCUGUCGAGAACGCCAACAAGGGUGACGACGCUGUUGCUACGAAGACCGAGUACCGCCUUGCCGCUGGUAUCCUCGGUGGCCUGGAGACGAUCUACAUGAAGCCCGGCUCGAAGGUGCUCUACCUCGGUGCUGCCUCCGGUACCUCGGUGUCUCACGUUGCCGAUAUUGUCGGGCCAACAGGCGCUGUUUAUGCCGUUGAAUUCUCGCACCGUUCCGGCAGAGAUCUUAUCAACAUGGCGACCCGCCGUACCAACGUCAUCCCGAUCGUUGAGGACGCCCGUAAGCCGAUGGCUUACCGUAUGCUUCUCCCGAUGGUCGACGUCGUCUUUGCCGAUGUUGCCCAGCCCGAUCAGGCCAGAAUUGUCGGUAUCAACGCAAAGCUGUUCUUGAAGCAGGGUGGUGGCCUCCUCAUCUCCAUCAAGGCUAGCUGCAUUGACAGCACCGCCCCCCCUGAGCAGGUGUUUGCCAGCGAAGUCCAGAAACUCCGUGAGGACAAGUUCUUCCCUAAGGAACAGCUUACUCUUGAGCCGUACGAGCGUGACCACGCCAUGGUGUCUUGCGUCUACCUGCAGAAGGAGUUUGAGGCUAACUGA